ACGAUAUGCCUUCAGUUUUUGCUGUGGAUUUUAUGUGCCGUGAACGGGGAAGAGCAGCCCUUCAGCGUGGAGACAUGGCUCCAAAGGUAUGGCUACCUCCCUCCUGCAGACCCCAGAAUGUCAGUGCUACGUUCUGCCCGAGUCAUGCAGUCUGCUAUAGCUGCCAUGCAGCGCCGCUACGGCCUCAAUGUUACAGGAACUCUUGACAGCAACACUAUCGAAUGGAUGAAGAAGCCCAGAUGUGGUGUUCCUGACCAGAUAGCAGGCGUAUCAAAAUUCACCGUCAGGAAACGGCGGUACGCCCUCACAGGACAAAAGUGGCAACACAAAUAUAUCACAUACAGCAUAAAGAACGUGACACCCAAAGUCGGUGCCGAGGAAACGCAUGAUGCCAUCCGGCGAGCCUUUGAUGUUUGGCAAAAUGUGACGCCGCUGCGCUUUGAAGCUGUGCCGUACAGUGAACUGGAGCGGACCAAGAAAGAUGUGGACAUCACAAUCAUUUUUGCCUCAGGUUUCCAUGGUGACAGUUCCCCAUUUGACGGUGAGGGUGGCUUCCUGGCCCAUGCCUACUUCCCAGGGCCAGGAAUUGGAGGAGACACACAUUUUGACUCGGAUGAGCCAUGGACACUGGGCAACCCCAACCAUGACGGGAAUGAUUUGUUCCUGGUAGCAGUUCACGAGCUUGGCCACGCACUCGGGCUGGAACACUCCAACGACCCCACGGCAAUCAUGGCUCCUUUCUACCAGUACAUGGACACUGAGAACUUCAAACUGCCUAUGGACGAUCUGCUGGGAAUCCAGAAAAUUUAUGGGCCUCCUGACAAGCUCCCACAGCCCACCAAGCCUUUGCCAACGGUGCCCCCUGCUCGUUCUCACCCCCCAUCUGAUCCACGCAAACCAGACAGGCAGACCAGACCUCCAAGGCUGCCUACCGGUGACAGACCAUCUCACCCAAAUUCUAAACCUAACAUCUGUGAUGGAAGUUUCAACACCUUGGCAAUACUACGGAGAGAGAUGUUUGUCUUUAAGGACCACUGGUUUUGGCGAGUAAGAGAUAACGCUGUCAUGCCUGGAUACCCCAUGCUCAUCAGUCUUUUCUGGAGGGGUCUGCCACCUAAAAUCGAUGCAGUCUAUGAGAAUAGUGAGGGCAAAUUUGUUUUCUUCAAAGGGAAGCAAUUCUGGGUGUUUAAAGACACGGUGUUGCAGGCGGGAUAUCCAAGAGAAAUCACUCAGUAUGGCCACGGCAUGCCAGCUCAGAGCAUCGAGACAGCCGUGUGGUGGGAAGAUGUGGCCAAGACUUACUUCUUUAAAGGAGAUAGGUACUGGCGUUACAAUGAAGAAAUGAGAACCAUGGACCCUGGUUAUCCCAAACCCAUCACGGUGUGGAGAGGUGUGCCUGAAUCGCCACAGGGGGCCUUUGUCGAUAAAGCCAAUGGUUUCACAUACUUCUACAAGGGGAAGGAGUACUGGAAGUUCAACAACCAAUUCCUAAGAGUGGAGCCUGGCUAUCCACGUUCCAUCCUCAAGGACUUCAUGGGUUGCGACUUGAUGCCAAUGGACCCGGGGCGCCCGCCCACCGGCGACGGCAACACAGACGUGGUCAUCGAGCUGGACAAUGAGGCAAACACGGUGAAGGCGGUUGCCAUCGUCAUCCCGUGCGUGCUGGCGCUGUGCCUGCUAGUGCUGGUCUAUACUGUGGUACAGUUCAAGAGGAAGGGUACGCCGCGCCACAUACUUUACUGCAAACGCUCCAUGCAGGAAUGGGUGUGA